AUGGCUAAGGCGAUCCGUUCAGUCCUGCCUCACUCUCACCAUAGACUUUGUGUGUGGCAUAUGAAUCAAAAUGCUAUCAAACAUCUUGGUGGAGUUGUUACAGAUUACAAGAAGUUCAAUGCUGAUUUUCAGCAUUGUAUCUAUGAUAUUGAGGAGGAAGAUGAAUUUAUAAGUGCAUGGAAUGAAAUGCUUGACAAGUAUGGAUUCCGGGACAAUGCAUGGCUCCAAAGGUUAUUUGAGAAAAGGGAGCAUUUGGCCCUAGUAUAUGGCAGGAAUACUUUCUCUGCACACAUGAGCAGUACCCAAAGGAGUGAAAGCACAAACAACGAACUAAAACGUUACAUUAGUUCUAAGUAUGCCAUGCUUACUUUUUUUGAGCAUUUCGAACGUCUAGUUGUAGAUAAAAGAUUUGAAGAGGUGAGAUGUGACUUCAAAGCAACACAAAGUACUCCUAAGCUGAAGGCAGAAAGCUAUAUGUUAAGGCAAGCAUCAACUACAUAUACUCCACCAAUAUUCAAGAUGUUUCAGGAACAAGUGCUUCGGACCUUAAACUAUGAUACAUUCCUUUGUGAUGACAGUGACACCGAGGAGAAGGUUUACAAAGUAAAAUUUCAUGGUACAGAGCGUGAUCAUGUUGUUAAAUUUUUUCCAAAAGAAGAAAAGGUCAAUUGCAGUUGCAAGAAGUUUGAAUUUGCUGGAAUUCUUUGCUCUCAUUCCUUGAAGGUACUUGACAUUAAUAAUAUCAAGCACAUCCCUCAACAGUACAUCUUGAAAAGAUGGACAAUUGAUGCAAAAGUUUUGGAUAUAACAAGCAACUGCAACCUGCAUGAAGACCGCAAAACAAUACUGACAAAACGCUAUAAAGAGUUGUGCAGAAUGUUUAUCCAAAUAGCUGCUCGAGCCGCAGAGUCUGAAGAGUCAUACUUGAUGGCUGCUAAUUAUGCAGAGAAAUUAGCAGAAGAGGUGGAGAAAUGUCUAAAACAUAGAUCUGAUCCGGAUACAGUUGGAGACUCAAACAAUAUCACGACUACAAGUUCAAAACAAAAUGAGAGGCCUACCAAGCCAAAAGGAAUGAAGGUCAAGGAGAAGACGGCUCGAGGAUCAAACAGACAUCCAGAUAUAUUUGCAGACCCGAACAUUAACUCGUCUACAAGUUCAGAACAAAAUGAGGGAUUUGCCAAUCCAACAGAACCAAACAUUAACUCAUGUACAAGUUCAAAACAAAAUAAGGGGCUUGCUAAGCCAAAAGGUAUCAAGUUGAAGGAGAAGACUAUUCAAGGAGCAAGUAGACCUAUUGGUGGCUUAGAGAAAGCAAAAUCAAAGAGGAAAAGGAAAGUAGAUAAUCCUGUAGCACUGCAACCUCAUGGCACCUCAAUGGGUCAUUCGGAGGUUUUUACGAAUCAAAUGCCUGCAUAUCUACCACAGUACAACCCAAUCCUAAAUCCUAUGGCGAUGUAUGGACAAGACCAAAGAUUGCCAGCUGAAUUGCAACAUUACAAUAGCUUAAUGGGUCAUUUGGGAGUUCCGACAAAUCACAUGUAUACCUAUUCAGAACAAUGCAACUCAGCUCUGGAUGCCUCACUAUUGCCGUCUCUUGGUACGAUGAGAGGACACCCAGCUCCAAAUUUCUCGCUGCAACCAACCAUUGGUACAAUGAGAGGACACCCAGCUCUGAAUGCCUCACUGCAGUCGUCCAUUGGUACGAUGAACCAAGCUCCAAAUGCCUCACUGCAGCCAUCCGUUGGUACGAUGACAGGACACCCAACUCCGAAUGCCUCACUACAGCACCCCAUUGGUAUGAUGAUAAGACACCCAGCAUUAAAUGCCCCACUGCAGCCAUCCGUUGGUACAAUGACAUGUCAAAAUCAAGUCUUCUUCCAACAACAGAAGCCAACUUAAUCUGUCAUCGUUAUCAAAGACUCAUGUUUUUUUUCUACUUUACUAAAAACUUGUAAUAUAUUAUUGGAUUUAUGGGGAGUCCGUGCAUAUUGAUCGAAUGCACUACUUAAUUAAGUGAGACC